UGUACCCACUUAAAAAGCCUCUCGGCGUGUUUAAGCGACCGAUCGGGCGGGUCGUGAGGACGUUGGGUUCGAAGAACUGUUACGACGAAUUGGGUUAUCAUAAACGGCAGCGUAACCUGAUUUUAACGUACUCGAAGAUGUAAUUCCAAUAUAAAAAACGUGGGGUCCCCCACCCCCCUUUUCACAGUUGCAUGCCUUCCCUGCCCAGUGGUUACGUUAAAAGCAAAAAAAAAUUAAUUUUGAUUUCGAAUGCCACCUUGGGACGUUUUCAUUCCCAGUGCAUUGACUGAAGAGUCAACUGUUCAUUUUAUUUCAAAAUUGGAGCAUGUCGUCAUGGAGACAGAUGCUCUCGGUUGCACAAUAAACCGACCUUUAGCCAGACCAUCUUGAUUCAAAACAUCUAUCGUAAUCCCCAAAACAGUGCACAGACGGCUGACGGCUCACACUACCAUUGCCCUCUUGAACAUUUACCGUAACCCUCAAAACUCUUCCCAGUCUGCUGACGGUUUGCGCUGCGCGGUGAGCGACGUGGAGAUGCAGGAGCACUACGACGAGUUUUUUGAGGAGGUUUUUACAGAAAUGGAGGAGAAGUACGGCGAGGUGGAGGAGAUGAACGUCUGUGACAACCUGGGAGACCACCUCGUCGGGAACGUGUACGUCAAGUUUCGCCGUGAAGAAGACGCGGAGAAGGCCGUGAUCGACUUGAACAACCGUUGGUUUAACGGGCAGCCGAUCCACGCCGAGCUGUCCCCAGUGACCGACUUCAGAGAGGCGUGCUGCCGCCAGUACGAGAUGGGGGAGUGCACGCGGGGCGGCUUCUGCAACUUCAUGCACCUGAAGCCCAUCUCCAGAGAGCUGCGGCGGGAGCUGUACGGGCGCCGGCGCAAGAAGCAUAGAUCGAGGUCCCGGUCUCGGGAGCGUCGCUCUCGGUCUAGAGACCGCGGUCGUGGCGGCGGCGGUGGCGGCGGCGGCGGCGGUGGGGGACGGGAGCGUGACAGGAGGCGGUCGAGAGACCGUGAAAGAUCGGGGCGAUUCUGAGCCACGCCGUUUUUACCGUAUGUCUGCUAGGCAGUGUUGUAGUUGAUUGACCAAACCAGUUCAUAACGGGAAUUUUUUUUAAAAAACAACAAAAAAACACAAAGAUGGGUUUCUGAAUAAAAUUUGUAGUGAUACAGUA